AUUUCCCCAUGAACCGUUUACCAGUCGUCUACAUGUGCUUCGGCGUAUCUGUAAUUAAGGCAGAUUUUGAUUUUCCUUGGGACACAGGCGACCCCGCGGUACUGCCUGAUACAGUGCUGUCUCGUCACAGAGUCGUCGGCAUCAUCGAAUCUGCUGUUCAGUGCCGCGUACGAAAUCCUAGAUCAUGUGCCCUUUCCCUUUUUCCAAGAGAAAAGCGCUUCACUCUCGGACGGAAGAUCCUACAGCUGAAAAGGCUGUAUUUCCGCCACUCUAGUGUCGACGGGUGCCCCAGUGUGUGAGUCGUUGCUCACAGUAUGCCCAAAUCUUCUCUGGAAUCCAAAAUUCCACUACUCCGCUUUUCACCCUUCGUCCGGAGUUCCUUUGCCGUUGGUGUUACCUCUUCUGUGGACAAAGUGCGUGUGAGCAUUAAAUUUAUGACUCUCUAAAGUCCUGCUGAGACGGAGGACUCAAGCUGAUACGCGGUUGCAUUUGUUAGACGUUAACUUCCCGGCUAAACAUACCCUCUGUUGACACAUACUUCCUUCUGUUGCGUCAUCAUUUUCUCGUUGUGAGUGUUAGGCUGAAGACACACUUAUCCCACCUUUUUAGGUCUUUUGACAUCCACUACGUACCCCUGUCCUUGGUGAAGAAUUAACUCUGUGUUCUCCCUUGUCGGAGAGAAGCCGGUGAGGCGGUGGAAGCUGCGGAUAAGAGAGAAACGUAGCGACCAUUUGCACUGUUGAAGACUGUGUAGUCGUGCAGCUGUGGAAAAUGCCAUUGCCACCGUGCCCCCCGCUUCCGUGUUCAACCUCUGCUUCGGCGUUCGGUUCUUCCUCCGACUUCUGCGUGGAAAUCUUCUGUCGCCGACUCGAUGAGGUCGACGACGAGCCUCGAGCUGUAGGGGCAAUUCUGGUUGAAGCUCUUUUGCAUCCUUCACUCUGUUUUUUUGCAGAGUUGCUCAAUCACCCGAAAGUAGCACUCCUUCGGCAGGCAUCCGACGCGCCUUCUGUAUCUUUCGCUCUUUCCUCCGCUGUCUCUCUAACCCUCACUGAACUUCUGGCUACCCUGCAACUGUUCAGCACGGGGACCGUCGAAGACUACCGAGAAGGGCGACAUAGGCGGCGACAAGGUCUGAGAUCAGAUGCUUCCUCCGUCGGAGAAAGCUCGUCUCUCGAAGAUGGUGCCAGCCAUUUCCCUGCUCUGCCGCCGGUCCUUUUGAGGAAACUGCGGAUGCUAACCACGCUGACCCUGGCCUCGUACUGUCGAGAGCUUUCUUUCGUCACUCUUUCCGCUUUACUCUCCGUGAACGAUGAUGAUCUUGCCCUUUCCGGCGUGGAUUCAGCUGAAGUGGGUGCGGCCAAUGAGGUGGGAGUGGUAGCUGGAGGGCGCACAAGCUCAGGUGUAGGUACACUCGAGAAGUGUGAUCAGGCAGUUGCUGUCUCAGCUGAUGCGCAGAGUUCCCUAGCAGCAACAGUCCGCGUGAGUCCCGAGGAAGCUGAAACUGUUGUCCGCUCCUGCAUCGCAAUGGGUUGGAUGAAGGCCCGAAUUAACAGAGAAAAACAGGUGGCUUUCGUGGAAGAUGUUCUGGGCAGGGAUGUAAAUGAUAAAGAGGACCUCGAGAUCAUGGAGGAGGUACUGAGCAACUUCGCACGCCGCGUCCACAGAGCAAUUUAUGUAUUAAACAAGAGCGUGGACAGAUUUCUCCAAAGUGAGGGUCCGCCGAGUGCUGCCGGUUCGUGUGAGGCGACACUGUGACCAUUUCAAGAAGCAAAGUGGCCAUCACGGCUCAUGUUCAAGUUUUUUCAUUCCAUCUCAAGUAAUCGAAGGGUCUGGUAUUCAUGUAGGGCGCUUGCCGAUGAAGGGGGCUUGUCGAUGAGGGUGUGGAGCUACACUGGUCUAAAACUUGAGAAAGACUCGGUGAAGACCCGAGUGCAGAUUUGAUUUUGUCUACCGCUACCUCCUCAGUGAGCGAAGCCACGAAGUUGACAGUUGCUCUGUGAUUAGAGGAGGGAAGGUUCAAAAGGCGGUCUCUUCAUUCGGAGGCCGAGGAUACCUCACGCAAAAGUGGUUGAGGCGUGAACCCUUUCAGCAGAGUACAAAAGGAAACGAUUUCGUAGCUUGCCGCAUGUUCCGGGAUCCACUGAAUUUCUCUCGUUCUCUCUCUCGAGGCAUAUAUAUAUAUAUAUAUAUAUAUAUGUUGGUCGAGCGCUCACAGUCAGCCGAGCUGUUUUUUCCUGGAAAAUAUCCGUGUGCCAACAGGGUGAACACGAGCGACAGCUGGUUGCAGGAUCUCUCUGAUUUUGCCGUCGGCGGUGCGUCGUUGAACUUUUCAAAGGUUAUUUCAUCCGGUUCACUGGAGCGUUUACGAAUGCCGGGUUGCUGGUUUUCCAGCUGUAUCUUCCGGUAAGCGACGUGUCGGAGCGUGCCCUAACACACUCGAUGAGGAAGAAAUGGAACCCAUUGAGGCUGAGGGUAGGACGAAUUGAGAACUACCAGAACAGCAACAGUGUCUUUUCCCAGUGACGGUAAACGUUUGGGGGU